CUCGGUCUGCCUUCCCGUUGGACCCGUCCGUCAUGUCGAUCUCUCGUCUUGCUCGUAUUCCUCUCCGUAGUCCAUCGCGCUCUUAUGCUACGACAGCAGGCUUAAAUGCCCUUGCACGUCCCAAGGCAGAGAAUCUCAGCGCGACUUGGCAGGGUACUAGUGCAACUGGAGGUAACACCAAGAAUUUCAUUGGCGGCGCCUUCGUCGACAGUAAGACAACACAAUGGCAUGAUGUGCUCGACCCUUCGACCCAAACACUGCUCACACGCGUCCCUGAGACUACCACGGAGGAAUUUGACCAGGCAGUCGAUGCUGCUAGUCAGGCAUUCAAGUCAUGGAGCAAGCAGAGUGUUCUCGCUCGCCAACGUUUUGCCAUAGAACUUCAGUAUCAGAUCCGUCAAAAUGCAGACGCACUUGCUCAUAGCAUCGUCCUCGAGCAGGGAAAGACCCUUGCCGAUGCUCACGGUGAUGUCCUCCGUGGUCUUCAAGUUGUCGAAGCUGCCAUCGGUAUCACCUCCAACAUCGUUGGCGAGAAACUGGAAGUCAGCAAAGACAUGGACACAGAAGUCCGAAAGCUCCCUCUCGGCGUCUGCGCGAGCAUUGCACCUUUCAACUUCCCAGCAAUGAUUCCCCUCUGGACAAUCCCCCUUGCCACCGUUACUGGUAACACCCUCAUCCUUAAGCCAUCUGAGCGGGACCCCGGUGCAGCCAUGAUCAUUGCUGAGCUCUGUGCCCGUGCUGGUCUCCCCGAAGGUGUAGUAAACGUGGUGCAUGGGACCGUGCCUGUUGUCAACAGAAUCUGUGAUCACGAGGCAAUCAAAGCAGUGAGCUUUGUGGGGGGAGAUCGCGCAGGAAGACAUAUAUACGAGAGGGCCACGAAGAACGGCAAACGUGUGCAGGCAAAUUUGGGCGCAAAGAAUCAUGCGGUAAUCAUGCCUGAUGCAAAUAAGAAUCUUGCGCUCAACUCCAUUAUUGGUGCUGCAUUCGGCGCUGCGGGACAGAGGUGCAUGGCAGUUUCAGUAGCUGUACUCGUCGGCGCAGCGCAAUCAUGGCUCCCUGAGCUUGUAGAACGCGUAUCAAAGCUAAAUGUGAAUGGAGGAUUUGAGGAGGGUGCAGAUCUUGGCCCCCUCAUCUCUCCCGCCUCCAAAGCUCGUGUCACGGGCCUCAUCGCAUCUUGUGCAGACGAAGGAGGGCGAAUUCAUCUUGACGGGAGGAACGUUCAAGUUCCUGGGUACUCCGCUGGUAACUUUGUAGGUCCAACAGUUUUAGAGGGAACAGUGGAGAUGCGGUGCUACCGCGAAGAGAUAUUCGGCCCGGUACUUACCGUGAUCACCUCAGACACGCUCGACAAUGCACUCGAGAUUAUCAAUAAAAAUAAGUACGGCAACGGUGCUGUGAUUUUCACGCAGUCGGGCGCGACAGCUAGGAAAUUCGAAUCGGGGGUUAAUGUGGGGCAGGUUGGCAUCAACGUUCCUAUUCCGGUUCCUUUGCCUAUGUUUGCAUGGAGCGGUAACAAGGGCAGUGUGCUUGGUGAUAUCGGGUUCUAUGGGAAGAGUGGUAUUAAUUUCUACACGCAAAAUAAGACCACGACGAGUCUCUGGCGCCAAGAAGAUGCCAUUGGCAACAAGGCGUCAGUUGACAUGCCCACGCACCAUUGAGCGUGCGAGCCAUGGUCAUAGCACGUGCUGUCCCGACCUUUUUAAACAGAGGGGAAUGAAGACAAAGGAAAAGGAUCACUUGUCUGUUAUGUAUUCAUCACGCAAUAUUUCCAUCAUUAACCAUUUGUAUAUCUCGCAUCUUCAUGUAUGAAAUCAAGUUGCUUUCUGCUCUGCCCAUCAGUUCACUUCAUUUGAUCCAAAUCACCUCGAACACAGCAGAUUACAGCAGAUAUGCA